UGCAUCCGUAGGUAGAUAAAAAAAAAAAAAAAAACGGAGAGAAAAUGUAGGCGAACGAAGAAGAGGGUCAGGACAAAAAUAGUCUAAGAUUUGGGUGCGAUUCGAUCGGUAUUUUUCUCUCUAUUCGUCUUCUACUCAGAGAGUCAGAGUCAGAGAGAGGAAGGAGAACAAGACACACAGAAAUAGUGUGAACUGAAAAUCCGGUUCCAUUUCUCUUCAAUCUCAUCUAAUUCGGCUUUCUCGUGGAUACACGAGCUAAUAGAAGGAAACCCAUUUGGGUGUUCUCUGAAGGAAAGGCUAAACAUGAAUGGUUUGGCUUCAGAGUGCAGUAGUGGGUGUGAAUCUGGUUGGACUAUGUAUUUAGACCACUCUCUUUCUGCUGAUCCCUGUAAAAGAGGUUGCGAGUUUGGUGAUGAAAUUGCUUUCUUUGGUCAAGAUUUUAUGGAAAAAGAAGCAAAAGAGGAGGAUGAAGAAGAGGAUUUAUCUAUGGUUUCUGAUGCAUCUUCUGGGCCUCCACAUUUCCAGGAAGAUGAAGUCUACUGUGAUGAAAAUGGGUGUUUUUGUUCUGCUUCUUCGGAUGCCGCAUUAGUCAAGACGAGCGUAAAAAGAAGAAAAAUAGACCAACGUGAACAGCAGCAGCACCAGCAGCAGCAGCAGCAACAACACCCCUCAUUUCUUGAUGACACUGCUAGCUCUCCUCUCUUCGACUUCUCCAAGAACAAUUUUACUCUCUCCGAUAACCAAGCUUCAAUGGACAAUCUCUGUGAUUUCUCACAAGCUUUCUCUGCCACUCGUUUUGAGGGUACGCCUGAAUUCCAGAAGCAAUUUGGUUUCUUACAGUCCUCUCAAGUCUCAUCCUCGGAAAACUACUUCAGAAAAAAUGGUUAUUUGCAGAGAAGAUAAUGGUAAUGAGAUAGAGUGAUAUCUUCGACCUUGUUCUGCUAUUGCUCAGAAAGAGACGGGAGUGUUCUAAAGGGAGAACGAACUAGAUCUCAAAGGGAUCUUGUUUCUUUUUUUACUUAUGUUUUCCUUGCUUGCCUAUGAAUGCAGUAGGAAACAACCCGAACCUGAGAGAGAGAGAGAGAGAGCAAGAGAAGAUAAAUAAAUUCCUUCUGUUUUUUUAUUUCUUUAAUUUAAUUUCAUGUCAUGACUCAUGAAUGGUGGUUACUUAUAAUGAGACCUGUGGAUCUUUUCUAUA